GUGUUUGAUACGAGUUUUCUUUUAAAAUAAGUGACAGAAAACAAUUUUUCAUGCUCGAAACCGUUUUCCUGCUUUUUCUUUCCAGAAUUUUCAUGACGGAGGUGCCAGACUGUUAAAGAUCCAAAUAAUCAGUAUCCCCCUCUGUAUUUCAUGUUCAUCGCACCCCCUUUAAUUAAAAUAUUAGGAAUUUUACGCAUAAAUAUAUCCAGAAAUUUUUUAAUUUGCUUUAUUUAUUUAAAAUUGCCGCGCAUGCCGGAAUGCUGAAAAUAUUUCCAUGACGAAAAUUCCAAGUGUUGGAAAACGCAUUGACAGUUUAAGUGAUGAACAACGUCCAACCCUCGUUUGAUUUGUAAUUUUAAUUUUCGAAUUCGUUUUCUGCUUUCAAAAAAGAUGAAGACUACGCCAAAAAAGAAGGAAAUGUCCCUUCGCCUGCGGGAGCAACGUCGGGAGGAACCAAAGCCGGAGCCCAGCCAACAGCCGCUGGACGACGACGCGGAGUCCGAUUUGCCCAUCCGGGGACGCCCCUCCAAGAAGCUUCUACUCCAACAGCAGCAGCAACGCCAGUACCAGGUCAAGGCACAGACCGAUACUAAGUCUGUGGAGGUCGGCGCCAGUGGUUCGUCGUCCCCAACAGCCGGAGGAGGGCGCAUCAAGGCCCGUAGAUCGCUCUACAAGAAGGGGGUCGGCAGCGGAAGCAGUGUGUCCCAAAAGGCUCCUGGCGAGUCGUACGUUAUGCGACUGUUUGAACGCAGCUUGGACCUUUCAAAAUAUCAGGAUGGCACUCCUUUGUAUCCCAUCUGCCGUGCCUGGAUGGCCAACCAGCCCAGGAACCCUUCAGUGGCAUCGUUUCAUACGGAUGCCUCCGAUUCGUCGGUCAAGCGCGAGGACAACGGUGAGGAGAUCCUUGCCAAGUUGCGCAGCGGUGACAUAAAGGUGCUCACAUCGCUGCCACAGCCUCGCUCCACGGACCUGCCCGUAAUACCGCCACGCCUAGAGUUUGCCAAGGAGGAGAAACAGCGGGAAAAGGCUCUGGAAGGCGCUAGUCGCUCCGAUCUGUUGGCCUCCAACGUGGCACGCUGGAAGAAGGUGCGUGGGCACUGGCUAAAGCACACGCAGAAGUACGAAAAGGAGCGCUUUGAAGUUAUAGACCAGAUAAUGGAUGUAAUCUGCAAGACCUGAGAGGAUGCUGCGAGAAAUUGGGGAGGAAGAAACGUGGGCAUGCUACAAAUUUGAUUGAAAUAAAGUUCUUAAGAUAUAA